AUGGAGAAAUUCCUUAGACCAGACAAAUUGCAAAUUGACCCGGAAUCUCCAACUGCCUCAGAGGAAUGGACGCACUGGUUACAAACAUUCGAAGACUUUCUAACCAUGACAGAAUUCGUUGAAGACAAGGACAAACUGAAACUACUAACUAAUCGAUUAUCUUUUACUACUUAUAAAUUUAUCAAGGAAUCUGAAACUUACCAAGACGCUUUGAGAGUUCUUAACUCAAUUUACAUCAAACAAAAGAAUGAAAUAUUCUCAAGAUAUUUAGUAAUGACUAGAAAACAGCAACAAGGUGAGACUAUUGACAAAUAUGUGUCGGAACUGAAACUUUUGAGCCAAGAUUGCGUUUUUGAAGCUGUUAAUGCGAUUCAAUACAGGGAUCAUUACAUUCGUGAUGCUUUUAUCAAUGGCUUAGCCUCGUCAUACAUACGACAGAGACUAUUUGAAAAUAAAACUUUAGACCUAGCUGAAGCAGUGGAACAGUCUAGAGCUCUUGAAAUGGCUCAAGCUCAAGUCGAGAGCUAUCCAAAAUCUAUGUACGAAAUGCAAACUUGUGCAACGAAUGAAUUGGCAAAGCAAGCUUGUCAGUACGAAUUCGCACUACAACAAAAGGAAGAAGCGACUGUUUCCGCUAUUAAAAAUGUUGAUGGCAAGUGUUAUUUUUGUGGGCAUGAUAGACACUCUAGAGAUCGCUGUCCAGCCAGAGAAGCAACUUGUGGGAAAUGUAACAAGACAGGGCAUUAUGCGAGAGUCUGUAAAAGUAAUCCAACUCAACAUUUUAAAGUAAAACUGAAGACGUCUAGUACAUCAGCUGCACUAAUAGCAACUACACAUAAUACAUCUGUAUUGAAGGACUCUACAGUUGAAGCUAAAGUGAAUGGCCUGAAAGCAAAUUGCUUAAUAGACACCGGGAGUACAUCAAGCUUUGUAAACUUGAAGUUUGUUCAGUUAAACAAAAUUAAAAUGUAUAAUGAAAGUGGACAAGUAUCACUAGCUGCUUCUAAUAUGAAAUCAAACGUCCACGGGUUUGUUGAAAUCAACCUAAAUCUGUUGAAUCACAAUUACAACAAUUUUAAGAUGACUGUUCUUGAAGAUCUUUGUACUGACGUGCUUAUCGGACAUGAUAUCAUGAAACUCCACUCAAAUAUACAGGUUUGGUUUGGAGGUAAGAAACCUCCUCUGUUGGUGUGCUCCUGUGCCAAAGUUGAACCACCCAAACUAUUCUGCAAUUUAACUCCAGAUUAUCGGCUAGAAUCUCUACUGUCACUUCCUGUGCCCAAAGACCAAGUUUCACUAAAGCGAGUCCUAGGAUUUUUCGCUCACUAUUCAAAAUGGAUACAUCGGUUUUCUGAUAAAAUAAGAAACCUGACACAAGUCAAUUCUUUUCCUUUGUCACAGGAAGCGGUUGCAGAUUUUGAAUCCCUCAAACUUGACAUUGCGAACUCAGUAAUUACUCCUAGGAAUGGGCAAGAGCCACUGGUAGUGGAGACUGACGCAUCUGACAUAGCCGUGGCAGCAACUUUGAGUCAAGAUAAUCGGCCAAUUGCUUUUUUCUCACGGACUCUAAGCAAAUCUGAGAAGCUGUAUUCAGUUGUUGAAAAAGAAGCCGUUGCCAUUGUCGAAGCCCUUCGAAAAUGGAAAUCAUUUCUUAUCGGAAGGGACUUCAGAUUAUACACGGAUCAGCAAGCUUUAUCAUUUAUCUUUGACAAGAGGCAUACAAGCAAAAUCAAGAACGAUAAAGUUAUGAGAUGGGCGACUAGAGCUAACACCUUAUCAAUAUGA